CUGAAACACCCACUCCAUUGCGAGUGGGUCUCCAUUGUGGGUAGAGGGAAAUCUUUACAGUGUCCUAUUACGGCGUUGUGAGGGGGAAGUGAGAAAGAAGCAUAUGUACAUCGUCAUAAAACCCUCCUGUUUCUGUCUCACUGAUUCAUUUGAUAUUUGAACUUGAUCAGUCACUGUACUGCAUGGAAUUAAGUCUCUGUCAUUUGAACACAUUUUAAAGACUUAAGCCAUUCAAGGUAAGCAAACCUAAGAACAAUUACUUCUUUUUCGGAUGAAAUUGCCAACUGUGAUGCUUUAAGUUUAGUUUCCAGCUAAAUUGUCAACUUUGUUUGUGUAAAGUGUGAGCGAUGCAAGGACCAGAACUGGUUGACUCGAGGAGUCGUUUUCGAUUUAUUGAAUCCUGUCUCGGCUUGAUGGGCUGUUUGUGCAUCAGCUAUGCGAUCUGGACACCUUGGUGGCUGGAUGAGCAGGGUCUGUGGACCUCAGGGAAUCAGACCAGACUGGACGACAGCUGGACUACUGAAGACAUUACUAAAGCUCUGGAGGCUGAGAGAGUGUUUGCAGUGGUGGCUUUCCUCAUGUCGGUGAGCUCUGGACUGCUGUGUCUCAUGUUCGCUCUCUGUUGGAGGUCUCAAACUGUGCAUUCCUACUCGAACACUCGCUCGCUGCUGAUGGCAGGCCAGGCACUUGACCCGAGCACUCUGCUGCUGCUUACACUAGUACCUUCAGGAUUUUUCUUUUUUCUCAGCUGGGCGCUUUUUACCCAUCAACAUAUUGGUGAGAUCAGGGAUGACGUCAGUCGACUCGGCCUGUCCUAUUGGCUGGGAGUGGUGGGUUGGGCUUCGCUAUUGGCCGUGCUGCCUGUGGUCUUCCUGGCGGAGAAGUUUGUGGUUCCUGACAUCCUGCCGGAGUUAAAAAAGACUGCAGAAAUGUGGUGGAAGGCUCCCGAGGUUGCACACGCGCGAUCGUUUAGUGAGGGUUUCUAUCAUUCACAGCAUAAGUCUCAUCCUGACGUUAGGAGGUAUUUGUCAGUGCCUUGAACGAGAGGAAGGAGGUAGCAAGAAAAUACAAAAGAGAAGAGACUCUUGUCUCGCUGGUAUUCUAGCCAACUAUAUGAGCUGAGCAAAUGUCUCACAACAGGGGUUGAUGACCUGCAUGAGAAACCUGUAACUGCUUUCUGGGAUGUGGGACACAAAGCUACAGGUUAUAAGGUUGUGCGCUGGCCUUGACAGUGGUAUCACAGCUGUAUUUGGACGAGGACACCCAAAAAUGUGGUUAAUGGUAUACCAGAGUUCACUAUCUGUGUGAGACAUAAAGCUGAAAGGAUCUUGAUGUUGCAGACUAUUUCUCCAUAACUUUUUAUAGCCGUUGUCUGCAAUUGUACAGUGACUUCAGGGAGGUCUUUUUUUUAAAUGCAUUUUAAAUAUGCUGAAUUAUUGACUAUAAAUGUAAAUAAUUUUCAUGGCAUAAAUCUGUUGUGGUUUGUUCAGCUGUGCCUAUAGCACAGUUAACUAAA